UUGAGAAUUCUGCAAUGGGCAAUACUGGUUCGAGUAUAUGGGACGUCAGUCCUAGUAGACCCCUGGGAGAGUACUUUUCGGAAGACGGUAGAAGGAGCAGUUUGCAGUACUGGAACAAUAGAGUACUUGUACCACGAACUCAGGCGGAACCCAACCGUACACCUAACAGACCUCGUACACGAACGUCCGCUGUACAGACACGGAGUGGAACCAGAACAAGUUCCAACUCUUCCAGGACAACACAACAGGCCAGAACAGAACACACACACACCAGACGCAAUACGAGUUCUUCAGAAAAUACAAGGAGGAGCAAUAGAAAUGGCAACGGGAAUGUCUCUAGAGGACAGUCGAGUUCCUCACAAGCUACUUCCGGGCGUCGUUCAAACACACCAAGUUCCACAGAAACUUCAAGUUCCAAUAGAAGCCCCAACAGCUCCUCUCAAAGAAAUACUUAUGUGGGAGGACAAAGUGUACAGCAGCUGAUACAAAAGAAAAUGCUGGCUCCUUGGGAGAGUGGAAAGGAUGAAGCUAGAGACUCUAGUCGCGAUGACUGUCCAAUAUGUUUCGCGUUUUAUACUUUUUUGAACUACACUGCGUGUUGUAAUAAGCCUAUAUGUACAAAUUGUUUUAUUACAAUGCACAAAAUGAGAAGACGUGGAACUACUUCUAUGUGCCCUUUUUGCAACGCAGAACCGAUGGAAAUUGUAUUUUAUGGUGAAAGCACUCCACAGAGACUGAUGGAAGAAGCAUUGCGAGAUUCCGUGAGUAGACAAGCGAACCAACUUAUCAUUGAAAUUUCCCUUAUUCAAAAGUCUUGGGAAGAACAGCCAGAAAUAAUAGACAAACUAAAGAAUAGUGGAGAGAAAUUAUAUCAAGAUCAUCAAGAUAUCUUUCAUAUACUUCCUAAACAGGUUUGCUUAUCGGGAGGCAAAACAUUUUCAUUGGCCACUUUAUACAAUGACACGGAAAGUUUUAUUUCUACACUAGUAGAGGAAAUGAGUGUGAAUGACUUGGGUUAUUUAGAAGCCGUUUUUCGUUCUUUACAUGAUGUUUGUUUCCGUAUUCUUGCGGAUAUUGCUGUGCUCGCCAAGGUGGAGUUGGAUACGUCGCAUUCAACUUCAGUGUCCUCAUCUUCUUUUUCAAUUGACAGAGUUGUUGAUGGAAAUCAUUCGGACGUUCCAUACUAUCAUGGCUGUUAUCUUAGCAAUAGACCAGGAAAUUUGGUUGAAAAUCAGGUUGGAGAAAAUCUUAUCAUUUUUAGUGAAGGAGAUGACACUGAAAGUGAGGGUAGAUAAGAACCAUCGUUUCUCCAUUGGAAAGUUAAAGGGCACUAAUGUCUAUUAAAAUAUUGAUAUUAUGUUUCUAGUUGUCUCUAUAGGAUGCUAUAGGAAGAAGCCAAUCUAGUCUCAGGCUGUACAGCAAUAAAGAAUAGCAUUCCAUUUGUGUGAAAGUAGGAAGUGUUACU